CCUACCAGCUCCCGUACCUACCAGGUAAACCAACUCCCCGAUCUACUCCUCACCCUCCAGGUGUAACUGCGGGGUCCAGUUAUGAGUCGCCGCUUGUUACGCCUGAGUUCCUACCCCCUCGUGAUGGUGCCGCGGAGCACCCCCUCCCUGGCAGUCACAGAAGGUACCGCUAGAGGACUAGCAGACGGGCUCGGCGCCGCCGACCAGCCCUCCCCCUAUUUCGUCGAAGAGAGUUCGCGUGGGCUUGUUCCUUGCGAACUCUAUCCGUCGCCUCCUUCCAUGAGAUGACCUCCUCACAGAAGUAGACCACCACACGCCAGUUCUAACCUAAUUUCACCCUGUCUGGGUGCUAACCCUACGACGAGGACAACUGGAAGGCUAACAACUGUGGAUGCAGCCGGGACCAACGGCUUAACGUGUUUUCCAAAGUACGGAGGAGCUGAAGAUAAUAAAUUUUUGGUCACCCAUCCAAUGACCGACCAUUGCGAAAGUUGCUUAACUUCCACGAUCGCAGGUCGAACACGCUAACCACCUGCGCCAUAGGGCUCAAACCACCUGCACUUAGUUCCUCAACCACCAGCGCCAUCGAGUUGAGUGGUUCAGGUCCUUGACCUUACCUUGACUCAAUAAGUAUUUUUUAAUUUUGCUUCACACCGGGUAAAGAUGAGAAGAUCAGACAAAAACUAUCAAACUAAAUUAUACCUAUAAUAAGUAUUGUAACGUAAUGUACAAUGGUUCACGAUAAAACGAAUAUAAAACCCAAACAUCCUACUUACUGUUAUAUCAGUAAAGUACCACGAGUCAAUGCCGUGAUAGGAUGACAUUCAUUGAUAAAUAUAGCGUUAAGACGGUUGACCCGUAUGGUUCGCUUAUGUCUUGUUAAAAAAUUAUUUAAGAAACAACUCUUAUGUAAUACAAAUCCUUUAAUGUUCAUAAACAGAAGAUGGUUAGUCAAGCUCAAACCGCUACACUAGCUGUUAUUGCAGCUGGCAUUGUAUGUACCUGUUAUUGGGCAUACCGAAUCUCGCAAGAAUACAGAAAAAAGAAUCUGCCUACAAAGUGGAGACUAGUUGGUAGACUGAAGAAAAUAUACGUAUAUCCCAUUAAGUCAUGUGCCGCUAAUACAGUAGAAAAAGCUGAAUGUACCAUGCUGGGCUUGAAAGACGGAUGGCUUAUUGACAGAAAUUUGAUGGUAGUCGACGACUUCUACAACUUCAUUACAGCCAGAACCUAUCCAGAGCUACUGCAAGUGCGACCCUCGUUAAAAAAAUCGGUAUUAACUUUGGAGCACCACUCCUUGGAGACGAUUACUGUUGAUUUGGCAGAGGUCAAGAAAAACAACACACCUCGUAAAGCUACGAUUUGGUUUUCGGAAGUGCAUGUAUAUGAUUGCGGAUCAGAAGUCAGCCAAUGGUUUACCAAAUUAUUAAAUAAAUAUUCUCAUACUUAUCAUCUCGUCCAUUAUGCAUCUGAAAAGACCCGUAAAAGUGUCGAUCCGAGAAACAAUUACUUCAGGUUCUCAAAAGAUGAUUUGGGAGCAUUUCCAGACGACGCAGCGUACAAUUUAAUAAACGAGGCUUCAGUCGAUGAUUUAAACAUACGUAUAAGUAACAGCAAAGUAUCAGCAUUACAAUUUAGACCCAACUUUGUAUUGGCUGGUGGUACACCGUAUGACGAAGAUUCGUGGAGUUUUAUUAAAGUAGGAGGAAGCAUAUUCGAGAUAGUAAGGCCGUGUGUUCGAUGCACUAUGACCACACUUGACCCGGAAACUGGAGCACGGAAUACUAAUAACGAACCAUUGAACACUCUAAAACGUUAUCGCCAGAUAGAAGAUGAGGAAAUCCGCAAAGCAUUCAAUAUGGCGCCGCGCAUGGGCGUGCAGAUAGCACUGAGAUCCGCUCCGGGAGGCACUGUGUCAUUGCAAGAUCCUAUAUACGUAGCAUAAUUUCAUACAAUAAGCAACGUUUAGUUGUUUUGUUAUAGAACACUACUGGACUAUACUGCAGUGGCUACCGAGAGGCAUUGAUGGCCACAUAAAUACGCAUGCCCAUCAAUGCGUAGUUGUGGCUAAGGCCGUAUACAGAAAGAAAGCCGAAAGCCGAUC